AUGUAUAAUUAAAGAAUUUGGAACAAGGUAGACUAAUACAAAUCAAACAAUACAAAUGGAUUACGUCUAAAGCUCUUAAAAUCAGGUAAGAAUACUCAUUUUGUCUAUGUACUAUGCACGGAAAAUUAUAUAGUGCUAUUUAAAGUAACAAAACCUUUUAUAUAAUAGGAUGCUGAUUAAACGAAACCUUACAAAUAUUUACCAAUAAACUUUGAAUAUAGGUUUCAAGUUUUAAGAACUCCACCUUUACUUAUAAACCCGUCACUUUCUGAGCAAAAAGGCGAAAAUGUUGUAUCUCUGGGAGAAAUACUUGCUAUUAGAUUUUAUAGGGAUGACGUUGAAAAGUGGAGUGAAUUCAGGGGUUCAGUGAGUGAUUUGGAGUAAUUGAGAUAGUUUUUAGGGAAAAAAAUGAACCAGAUGGGAUUCCAUUAGUAUUUCAAAGUGUAUAAGAAAAUAGGAAAGGGGAGCUUCGCUUCGGUGUAUUUGGCUUAGAGGAUAGAGGAUGGAACAAAGAUGGCUGUGAAGGCGUUCUGUAAGAAUGCAGUUUACAAGGAGGAGAACGGGAAGGUAAGUAUGAAAAUAAACAAGUUAGGAAGGGUUAAUUAAUGAAAUUCAAAUGAUGAGAAUUCUAGAUCACCCAAAUUUAAUGAAACUUUAUGAAGUUUAUGAAACCCCCAAUUCUAUCUACAUGUGUUUGGAAUUACUAGAAGGCGAUCAAUUGCAUGGAUUAUUCAAGAUGAAAAGAUCAUUUACUGCUCAACAAAUCCAUUCAAUUAUGAAAGGCUUGUUGGAAGGAUUGAAUUAUAUACACAGUAUGGGGAUAAUGCACAGAGAUCUCAAACUAGAAAAUAUCUUAUUCAAGGAACCAGAGUAUGAAUAACCUUAAUAUACUUUAGUAAUUACGAUUCCGUGGUGAUAGCUGAUUUCGGAUUGGCCACAAAGGUGGAUCAAAAGCCAUUCCUGUAUACCCGGUGUGGAACUCCUGGAUUUGUUGCUCCGGAAAUUAUCAAUUUGAAGGAUGGCCAAUUGUCUUAUGGUUCCAUAUGCGACGUAUACUCCUUGGGAGUGAUCUUAUACAUCUUGAUUACCGGACAACCGGUGUUCAAGGGCAAGAGUUAUAAUACUAUAGUGAGGAGGAAUCGAGAAGCCAUUGUGGAUUUUCAAACUGAAAAACUUAGUUAAGUAUCGGAUAAUUAGAGAAGUCUAUUGAUUAAGAUGCUCCAGGCAGACCCUGAAUUAAGAAUCACUUCGAAAUAGGCUUUGAAGCACGAAUACUUUUGUGCUUAUUACGAAGAGGAGUUCGCUUAGAUGUACACUGAUGAUGAUCCACACUUGGGGGAAAUGCUCGUUAAAUUGAAUGCAGAAUAUAUUCGAUUAGAUAUGGAAAGGCUAAAAAGAACCAAUGAUGAGGAUGACAUUUGUAAGACUGAGGAUUUGAAGGUUGAUUAGAGUCAGGAAAAGAACGAUUUUCUUAAGAUCAUCAUGAGAACACCAGUCAUCACUGGAAGAACCAAAUCUAUCGAAAGUAUUUUUGUGUCUCUAUUUAGAUUCUCCGCUCAAUGGAUUCCAGUCCCCAAAUCAAGUUCCUAACGCUCAUCAUAUCAAACAAAUUUAGUCUAAUUUGAUGAAAUCUUUCGUAUUAUAAAAUUGA